UGCACAGGAAGAGGAUGCGGGUCAGGAGGACGACGUUUUAGUUUUAUUAUCGUACAUUAUUCAGAUGUCCAGAGUUAAUAGGUCACUAAGUGUAGUGAUAAAUAGUUAGCUUGUCGAUUUGCCAUUUGCUCUGAAGACUCUGCACCAGACAGAGACAGCUAUUCCAUCGGUGUCAUAACCAGUCUCACCCCAUUCUGUCUGAGUGGAUAUUCAAUGCCUAAUACAUCCGAAGGUCAAGGAGCAAACCUGUCUGGGCCAGCAGAACCAUCAGGACUACAGAGGCCCACUGAUGUAGAAGAAGAUCAUGGUCUUCUCAGCUCCCUGGCCCGGGAUGCUGCGAGAGUAAGACGGGCUUCAAGUGCAGAGCUCCACCUGCCAUGGACUUGUCCGGUCACACACUCCCGGGAGAAAUUCUACACAGUGUGCUCUGACUAUGCUCUUCUCAACCAGGCUGCGUCAGUCUACCGUCCCCCAAACACAGCCAGGGAUCUGGUCCCAAGCAAGCCUGAUGAUGGGCUGCCACUGGUGAAGCCUAAACCCUCAACUGAAUUCAGCCCCUGUCAGCCAGGAGGAGGAGGGGCCCAUGUGGGAUCAGAUGGGGACUGCGACAUGGAAGAAGUGACCUCCAGCAACACAAAACCUAUUUUAGCUUGGGAAAUUGACACAGCGGACUUUAAUGCUGUGCUCACCAGAAAAAUAAGAACUAGCAAUGUGAAGAAAUGUAGCGCCAAGAAGAUGAAGUCUUCAGAUCGACCCAGCCGAUACCUGCAAGACAUCCCUCCUCAUGCCUCACUGGAGGAGAUCAAACAGAGAAAAGUGCUUGACCUGCGAAGAUGGUACUGCAUCAGUCGGCCUCAGUACAAGACUUCCUGUGGGAUCUCUUCAUUGGUGUCCUGCUGGAACUUCUUGUAUAGCACUUUGGGUGCAGGGAGUCUUCCACCCAUCUCUCAAGAGGAAGCGCUGCAUAUUCUUGGGUUUCAGCCGCCUUUCGAAGAAAUUAAGUUUGGUCCUUUCACAGGCAAUGCUACAUUAAUGCGGUGGUUCAGACAAAUUAACGACAAUUUCAGAGUGCGAGGUUGCUCUUACAUUCUGUACAAGCCACAUGGAAAACACAAGACAGCAGGAGAAACAGCUGAAGGGGCAUUAAUGAAACUGACACAGGGACUGAAGGAUGAAACUAUGGCCUACAUUUACCACUGCCAGAACCACUACUUCUGCCCAGUGGGCUUUGAAGCCACGCCACUGAAGGCUGCAAAGGCUUAUAGGGGCCCGUUGCCACCAAAUGAAAUGGAGUACUGGAUCUUAAUUGGUGAACCCAGCAGGAAACACCCAGCUAUUCACUGUAAAAAAUGGCUAGAUAUAGUGACUGACCUCAACACACAAAAUCCAGAUUACCUGGACAUCCGUCACACAGACAGGGGGAUUCAGCGCCGGAAAACAAAGAAGGUGGGGGGAAACCUGCACUGCAUCAUGGCCUUCCAGAGGGUGAACUGGCAGAAGCUCGGCCCCUGGGCUCUAAAUCUGGAGAACCUCCGCCAUGACUUCCACCACUCUGGCACAGAGCAGGCCCACGGCAGCGAGGACGCAGAGGAGCGAACGUCAUCCAAGCGGCUGGCAAACCUGGGACGCUCACACAGUAUGGGAAGUCAGAAAGACACCAGCUGGAAGCGCCUGUCCAAUACCACGGAGUACAGACAGCGGAGCUCCCCAGACAGCGAUCUGGAAGAAGACAUCACAGACUAAAGAAGGUUCAUUAGCACAUACAGCGAGGAAUAGAAACAAUUACAACACAGUUCAGAAACCUUAAGAUGAUAAUGAGCCAACAAAUAUGAAAAGAACAAACUGAAAAACGAUUACCCCCAAAGCUCAACACUCUUACUGAAGGUUUAAUCAGCUCAAAUAAAUCCACAUAGUUUUAUGAAAAAAACAAAAAAUGUACAAACCUCCAUAGAAAACCUUUUGGUAUGCAAACAGUCAAACAAGCACACCCUUUCCUUCAGUGUUCCUGUCAGGCCGGGUCGAAACUGUCAUGUUGGUGUAACCUCUUUAUCACAUCGGGCCAGCAGGCAAGCAAGCUGUCAAUCAACGCACACAUGUAUUAGCUCAAAACUCUUCUUAACAAAGCAAUAACUUACACAAAACCAUCGGUACAUUUGUUCUAGGGCCCUAAUGCAACAGCAAGAAGCAGUGAGAUGAGAAUUAUUGAAAGAAUAAAUAACCUAGUGUUUCUAUAGAAAUAAGUGACAUUGAUAAGCCAUGCAUUUACUGUAGCUGCUUAAUCCUCUGUGGGGUCCCAGAUGAAAUCGUUUAUGUAUACAAACGAAUAACCAUUCACUCUUACAAUAACGCAUACAGGCAGUAUAGAGUGACCACUUUACCUAUUAAGUUGCAUGAUGUAACGUUCUCCACACUCACACACAGGGAGAACAUGUGAGCUCCACACAGAAAGACCCCAUCUGAUGGUCAGCUGAGGCAGUACUGUCAACCGCUGCACCGCUCUACCGCCCCUAAUGUCAUAAUCUAUAGUGAGUUCCAAACUAUUAUUGUUCAUGGCUCACACAAAUGCAGCUAGUGGACUAUCAGAUAUUUGCUGAGUUUAUCAAAAGGUUCAUUGCAUUAGACUGAUUCACUCCAUGUUUAACAGCUGGGCAUUGACGCUCCGAGUACUGAGUAUCUGUAGCACUGACUCAGAAACACUUUGCAUCUUAAUUAUCUUUAGAAAAGAAAUCAUAAAGGAUGAAGCUUUAUCGGGGUUAGCUGUAUCAGUUUAUUGUAAGAAAUCUUGACUAUUACAAGGCUUAUCCCCUUAUUGCUGGUGGCCAAACUUGAGUUAUUGUUACAUUUUUCAGUUAUUGUCAAGUCUGUCUGCUGUUCCUCUUUGCCUUUUUUACAGCUCUUUUUAUGUUUUUGUGGUGACUGUAAGUGAUGCACCACCAGAUAGUCUCUGCCUCUAGUUCUGGUGCGUCAGGUGCAAAUCAGGCCAAGUUGGAAGGUCAUGACGUGAACAUGACAUCAUAUGCCAAAUACAGACAAGAUGAUCAACAAAGAGGAGCACAACUGUCUUAUGUGCUUGAGUCUGAGUGUACACUUGAUAAACAGCACCAACUCAAAAAUUAAUGUGCAAUAAAUUUUGUAGAACUGUCAAAGCUGAUUCCACAAAGGAAGUUCCAACUUAAGGCUGUGCUGUGUUGUAAUUAUUUAUUCUCUCCCUGUAUUUAAACUGAAAUAAGCUGAGAUUAGGUGUUUUUAGGUGUUAGUCACACUACAGGACUAUUUCCAUAUCAUCCCAUGACCAAUCACAUGCACAUUUUUCUGCCUUUAUGUAUGGUUCUAUAUCCCAUCCUCUUAAACUCCAUAUACAUGAUAUUCAACUAGUGUUACCUAGGAAUCAUAAGACAUCCUUUUCAGAAAUGACACACCUCCAUGAUUCAUUGUACAGGUAAAUGGACUUGUUUCACGCCUGACGUACAGUGGUUAGUUCAGUGGAAAUGCUGUCCAGUGAAAGUGUUUGUGAAAGCAGCUGACAUUUCCUUGUGCUUUGUGAAACCUAAGACUGUGUUAAUGAUCCCAGAUUUUCAAAAAUUCUGGGAGCUGUACUAAAGUGAUAGUGGAAUCACUCUUGAAAUUCCAAAUGUGAACUGCAGGAAGUCACGACUGCAUGUUUUCUUCAUGUUUAUGUACAGACAUUAUUAGGGACCGAGCCUGGAAGGGAGUCUGGAAGGUAAGUCCCACUCACACAGUGAGUGGACUUGGCUGGAACAGUAAGGCCCUAUUGUAUUUCGUUCAUUUUUCAUUACUCCGGGCCACUUUAAACUGGAAUUUGACCUCCUAAACAGGCUCAAAAAUUCACCAAAUUUGGCACGCAUGUCAUGCCUGGCAAAAAAUUUGAUAAAAUGUAAAAAUUAACCCCAUAGGUGCCAAAAUGUGCUCUCUAGCGCCACCUACACAUACAAAAACAGCCCUUGCAGCCAGUAGGAAUGUCAUAGAGACAUGAAACAAACGCCAAAAUUUUUGUCUCAUCAAGUCUGACAAAUCAUACACUGACACCCAUGAGCUAACUCCAACAGGAAGUUAGUACUUUGCCUUUCAAUGAAAAACACGCUUGCAUACAAACUUCCAAUACAAAUGUCAUAGAGACAUGAAACUAAUGGCGAAAUGUUCGUGUAAUCCAGCUCUAAAAAUCAUACGCUAACACUUAUGACCAAAUUGCAACAGGAAGUUGGCAAUUUGCCUUUCGAAGUGAAACCGUCAAAUUGAAUCUAGUCUGAAGCUGUUUGUCAUAAUGGCUUCUAAAUAGCACCAAAAGAUAAGGUAAACCCUUCUCAAAAAAAUUUUCUGUACAAUUUUUUUAUAACUUAGUUGUUUUUUUUUUUAUACGCCCUGAAAGUUGCAAAGUUUGAAACUCAUUUUUUACUUUGGAGUUUUUUCCACAUAUUAUAUAUCCAUACAUUCACAAAACUCACCACAACUCUUGCAUGCCAAAAUUUUUGAGCUGGGAUGUACGGUUAUGGAUUAAUAGCAAUUUGUUUAUUUUUAUACUUUACACUUUAAACUGCAAUUUGACACCCCCCCCCCCCCCAUCAUGCUCAAAAACUCACCAAAUUUGGCAUACAUGUCAUGUCAGGCAAACAAUUCCAUGCAAUAUCCAAAUUAACCCCUUGGGUGCCAAAAUGUGCUCUGUAGCACCCCGUACAUAUAAAAAAUGGCCCUAGAGGCCAGUAGGAAGGUCGUAGAGACAUGAAACAAACACCAAAAUGUUUGUCUUGUUGAGCCUGACAAAUGAUAAACUGACACCCAUCAGCAAACUCCAACAGGAAGUUGGCGAUUUGCCUUUCAAUGUAUUCUAACGCCAGUGAAUUAACAAGACAAUCUCUUUCCACAAUCACUGCUUAUUCAGUUCAAACUUUUUUGACACAUAUAUCAAUACGAUUAUAGCAGACUCUCCACAAGCCGCAAGUGAAAGAAUUUUUGAGAUAGGAUGUUCAGUUAUGGAUUAAUCGCUAUUUGUUUCAGAGGAGGUUUCUCCCUGCUUCUCAGCGCUGACACUGUUUUCUCUGUUCAGUGUCGUAUUAUAAACAUUCAGGCAAAGAGCAGAAUGGUGAAAACUGGUUGGCUGAAAUCCUCUCAGUGAGAAUUUCAUUUGUCUUGUGUUUUCAUUUAACACAUUCCACAAGAUGGUGCUAUAUCCCCAUGGUUUGUCAGUGAGAUCACUAUUUUGACUUUUCUCUGACCUAAAAAACAUGCAAAACAACUUUACUGUCAAAUUUUCCAUACAAGAACAUUUUAACAAUACAGAAAAAACAUAAAAAU